CUAUAUAUCACAAUUCUAGAGAGAGAAAAAGAGGGGGGGAGAGAGAGAGAGAGAGGAGAGAAGGUCAAAGCAGCAGCAGCGAGAGCAAGAGCAGAAGGAGGCAGCGCAGCAGAAGCAAGUAGUAGUUGUAGUUGUAAUGAUUUCUGGGUGGUGGGGAGAGAGAGAUAUCAGAAAAGCUCGUGAUGAGAAUUUUAUCUUUGCAGGCUAAUUAUAAUUUACAAACAACAGAAUAAUAAGCGCAUCACGAGAGACCCCAAACUCCUUCAGCUUCUUUCUUUCUCUCUCUCUAUUCUCUAUAUUGCGCUACCUGCCUGCCUACCUCUCUGUAGCUGAAAAUCUAGACAGUUCCAACGGGACUGCAUAAGAUAAGAGAAGAAAAAACGAACAAGUCUGUUUUCAGGAGGUGAAAUUGAAUAUUUGAAAGGUGUCCCAAGGGGUUUUGGAGAAGAAACAGGUGGUAGAAAGAAAAAAAAAAUCAUCAGUAAGGGAGGGAAAACGAAGAGGCUUUUGAAGAUCCAGACUCAACACAGAGAGAGAGAGAGAUGGGUAGUUGUGGAAGGAAUGGAGCUGUGAGACAGUAUAUAAGAUCGAAGGUACCUCGUUUGAGAUGGACUCCUGAUCUUCAUCACUGCUUUGUUCAUGCUAUUGAGAGGCUUGGUGGUCAACACAAAGCCACACCAAAGCUUGUUCUUCAGUUGAUGGAUGUGAGAGGACUCACCAUCUCACAUGUCAAAAGCCAUCUCCAGAUGUACAGAAGCAUGAAGAGUGACCUGAUCAGACAAGAGAGGAUAAAACAAUCUUUUGAAGAUCAUGAUGAUGAUGAUGAAGGGUGUGUUGAUCAAGAAAAUGAAAAUGAUGUGGAUAGUUACCAUCCAUCUUCAAAGCCCAUUGAAAAUGAAGAAUCAGAUUCUCACUUCAUGUACAGCAGCAGUCCUUUCCAGAUGGCAGACCCACGAAGCAGCAGCAGCACCUCCAAUACCCACAGCCACAGAUGCAGAUGCAGUGCAAGAAUCCGAUUUCCUUAAGGUAACCUUGCAAGAAGACAAAAAAUGUGCAUCAUCAAAGAGGUGCAAAUUCGAUGAUUACUCUAGACAUGGACAUGAAGAUGACGAUGAAGAAGAAGAAGAAGGUGGGGGUUAUGGAUUGUCAUUGUCACUCUCACUGCGUCAUCAUCCCUAUAGACAGAGAAGUAAUGCUUCAUCAACAAGUGAGAUUAGUGAGGCUAUCUCAUCAUACUCUAGGAGGUCUCAUGUCAUCAAUGACUACUCUGGCUCCUCCUCCUCUUCUCAUCAAAACCAUACAAUUAACUUAGAUCUCUCUAUGGCUUUAUGUGGUAGUACCUAAGAAGAAAAGAAGAAAAAGAAGAAAAAAAAUUGUUUCAGUGUAAUUCUUUCCUAUUUUGCUCUUUUGCAUGGUUGAAUAUUGUAUCCCGCUUUCGGGGUUUGAAAUUUGCUGAGGAAAUUUUCUACGUAUAAUGUAAGUCUUAUGUUAAGAAGUAGAGAUCGUGCAGAGUUUACAUUCCAUUCUUUCUCUGAUAUUAAUGGUUAUUUUUCUGUGAAGUUGGAUUGCAAGCCUGCAACAACUUGAACUGGAUCUUGAUUUUGUAUUCCUAAGUUGACUCAAAAAAAAUGCCUUUGUUCCUGUUUGUA